AUGCCAACCAACCGUGAAUACUCUGUACGAGGUGACAUUCCAUCAUGUCCUGCGGCACCUAGUGUAUUUGUCACUACCAAGUCUACACAUGAGACCAGAUUCCACUUCCAGGAUUUCGAGUACGCAUUCCACCCUGACUCAAUGUAUGUUCAUUGCAAUGCCACGUUUUGUCAUAGCAAUGACUACUCACGGGACUGUGAGCCUCGUUGUAGCAACAGGAAGCGAGUCGGGAUUAUGGAUCAAGAUGAUGAACCUAUUGAAGGUGUUGGACCAAUUAGUUAUGCUGAAGAUGAAGCUACAGUUGUUUUUCAAAAAGGUUCAGAGGCGUUGAAUGCAGGAAACAAUCCGGAAGUAGAAAACAAGGGAAACAAGCCUUUGUACGUCGUUGGAGUCGUCGUUGUAGCAGUGGCAAUGGUUGCCAUUUUGGUUGUGAUGUCAAUAUAUUUCAGAUCAAAGAGGCGACAAAAUGUACAGUCUAAAAUCGUGUAAACAAAUAACUUGUGUUUCAUGAACUCUAUUGUUUUAACUGAAAUAUGAACUAAAUUUUCUCUAUGAAUAAUUGUAUUUUAUAUUUGAUGAUGAUUUUCAAUUUGUGUUUGAAG